AUGGCAGUUACUCAAGCUGUCAAGUAUCAAAUACCAAUUGUAAUAACAGAUGAAAUAAACGGAGUGAAUGUUACCAAAGAAAUAGAUCAAGGUACUCUAUUUUCUUUGACCUAUUCCGAUAACUGUGAAGAUUUAAGUAAAAUGAUUGAUUUAUUUAAAGAAAUAGAUAAAGUAGUUAAACAUUUUGUUAUUCUGAAUAAGCUCUGCAAAGUUGUUAUAAGUGAAAAGCUAAAUGAGAUACAAAUGUAUAAUGUACAGUUCUUUGUACAAGAUCAAGAAGUUGGAGGAUUUAUAGCAAUGACUGUUAAUCCAGAAAUUAAUCAUAAGAGUUGUCUUAUUGAGGGAUAUAUAAAGAUGAAAAGAGUUACAAUUUGUUCCAAUAAUACAAGUAAAGAUAAUAAAAUACAUCAGACACUAUUUUCUUCAUCGUAUGUACCUUUUAACCUUAAAAAGUGCAAUUUUAGUGUAGGAAUGGCCACUCUCUACCCUUAUUCUAUGAAAAAGACCAAAGCCAACCUUGAAAGUUUUGAUCCACUGCUCAUAGAAGAUAUAAAUGGUUCUGAUGUAGAGUUGAUUAAAAUCAUAGCAAGUUAUUUUAACGCAACUUUGAAUCUGCAUUACGUUUAUAGAAACGAAGAGAAUCCAUAUUUUGAUUCAGAUUAUCUAAAGUUUGUUAUUAAUGGAUCUUUAGACGCUUGCGCCGGUGGUCUAUACAAGAUUUACGGAAACAUUGUUUCUUAUUCUGGCAUUUAUUCGACACAGGCUAUUGUUUGGGUUUAUUCUGUAGAAAGAAGUACACGAUCUUGGCAAACGCUUGUUGGUAAAACGCAUGGGUUAUAUGUAUUUUUGAUAUUUUAUAUAUUACAUUCAAUUGUAUGGUGGAUUGUUUGUAAAUUUGAUGAUGAAGCAGUUUCGAUGAAAGACACAUUAUUGUAUAGCUGGGGAGCACUAGUCGGGGCCACAUCUGUGCCAGACGCUAGAACGGUAAAACAAAGGGUUUUGAAUAUUCUAUACCUCAUCAUGGGUUUGUACUUAUCUUCCUAUGUAAGCUGUCAAAUAUAUUCUUACCUCACCAUCGAUGAACCACCAUCACAUUAUGACACAGUAGAACAGUUAAAUGCUUCUGACAAAACGGCAUAUUUGGUUCCUGUCUCCAAAUAUUUCGUUAAAGAUGUAAAAUACGAGACAAUGGCGAAUAUGUCGCGCGAUUGCGUGAACUUUAAGGAUUGUGAACACAAACUAAUAGAAAACAAGGGAUCGACAGUUCUGAUCGAUGGCCAUUUACCUGCUCUACAAGCAAGGACAGCUGUUAACGAUGAAGCGAGGGUUUUACGAGUUACAGAUGAGAUUCUCACGAUUUAUCAUGAAAUGAUAUUAAGAAAAGACAGUCCUUUCGUUAAGAGUUACGUGAAGGUAACUCAAAGGCUGUAUGAAUCUGGAAUUUGUAGAAAGUUGUACGACGAAGCUAUAGGUAUACUCCUUGUAGAUAAAGCUAAAAUUGCGAAUAAAAAUAUUCUCUCUAAUAGUUACAGUUGCACUGUGGGAUGUAAAAUCACUCUUCUGCAGUUAGCUGGUAUUUUUUACAUUUGGAUAUUCGGGUGUAUUCUGUCUUGUAUUAUUUUCGUUAUAGAGAUCCUCAUUAACAGAGAGAAAUUGUAUAAUUAA